UUGCGGAUCGGGUUGAUUCCGUGCCCAAUCAACACGAAGCCCUAACCCUAUCAAACCGGCAGAAGUGUAGACGCCGCGCGUUUGUCUUUCUUGGGGUGGUUACAGUACCGAGAGAGCUCUCCUGUUCGGCUAAACCUCAAAUCAUGGUGAACGUUCCAAAGACAAAGAAGACAUACUGCAAGAGCAAGGAGUGUAGGAAACACACCUUGCAUAAAGUCACACAAUACAAGAAAGGGAAAGACAGUCUUGCUGCUCAGGGAAAGCGUCGAUAUGACCGUAAGCAAUCAGGUUAUGGAGGGCAGACCAAACCAGUUUUCCACAAGAAGGCGAAAACUACAAAGAAGAUUGUCCUAAGGCUGCAGUGCCAAGGUUGCAAGCAUGUGUCUCAGCACCCAAUCAAAAGGUGUAAGCACUUUGAGAUUGGUGGAGAUAAGAAGGGGAAGGGGACGUCACUUUUCUAAAUGUUUUCCAUGGUAUUGUCUUUUUAUGUUUGUUUCCUUUUUGUAUGUUGUUUAAACUCAAGGGCCAGGCGCUUAUGACAGCCAUUUUGUUUAAGCUUUUUUAGUCAUUAGUGUGUGCUGAUAUAUUGUGGAUGAUUUCUUUAAAUAGUUUUCUGAGUGGUGUUUAUGAAUGUUUUUCAGUAUAAGAAAAUCGUAUAUCAUAUUUGGUUAAGUUGUUUUGGUA